AGAUUUAACAUAAACGUAUAGUAACUACUGACUUUUAUCUAUGAUUAAAUUCUAUGUAAACACUAGGACUACAAAGAGGUUUGUUCCACACAAUUUCUUACCGAUUUUGAUCAAAUUUAGGAUUGCGAGGAUUGUUCUAAGUAAUACAGAAUUUAAUGAAUAUGAAAUUGAUUUUAACUUCAGAAAAUAACGCAAACAUAUUUUGCAAGGAAUACUGCCCAGAUUGCAAAAUUUCAAGACUCCAGUAAAAAUAGAAUUUAAGAUUAUAACAUUCGACCAGACACAACACUCUGCUACUGUUAAAUUGGUUUUAGCGGGAACUUAAAAUUCCCAAAAAAUCUUACGAAUCUUUUCAGUGUUCUAGAACUCUUUGUUCUAGUUUUGAAUAUUAAUUGCUGGAACAAACCUAAUGAAAUAAGUAUUAUCAUAUCGCUGUUCCGAUUUUUAUAAAAACUGAUUAUUCAUGCAAUUUUUUUUUACUCGUAAAUAAACAAUACCGAUCUUUUCUCUGAGAUACGCAAAGUUAGUUUUAAUGAGACCAACCGGAGUUGUGAUCUUUGGGAGUAAUGGAUAAAAAUGGCGGCUCACACAGCAUUUCCGAAAAUUUGGACGCACACGUGUAUAUUUUUUCUUUAUAAUCUUCGGUACAUUGUGAAAAGUGACGGCCAGUUGAAGAAAAUAUAUAUUUUUUACUAAACCAAAAUUUUUAUUAUUUAUUUUUAUCAAUUUGGCUUAUAAGAAACUGGCUAUUUGCGCUGCUCGCGCCCCCAGCGGUUGCUUUAGAAAGCUGAAAGGGGAUUAGGGGUUCGUAUCUAAAGAACAUUACGAUUCCUGUUUAACUCUCCCAGUAAGUUAAAAAAUGACUAAUGUCAUCCAAAUCACUCGGGAAUGUCACGUUCCAGAAAACUCUGCGACAUAUCCCUCAAGGAACGGUACGAAAAAGACGAACGUUAUAUAACAGUAUACGACACCUACACCCCCAACUACGCUAAAAAUAUAAUAACCGCAAAGUUUUACUCGAAAUAUGAAGGUCACGGCGUGGAUGAGUUCGACCCCGAAACGUAUAAAAACCUCAUCAGGGCCAAAGACUUGGGACCAAAAAGUAAACUCGAGUGGCCUGAAACUGUAAACCAAACAUAUGGCUGGUAUUCGGAACCCCUGGUAGAAGUGGAUCCCAAGUUUUAUCACCCGAAAAUCGGGACUGAAAUCACCAGACACGGUUUCAAAAAAGUGACGGAGGGCAGGAGUAAGAAAUAAAUAUUAGAC